AUGUCCUCCUCACCCUCUACUUCAAAACCCCUGUCACCAUCUCCACCCUCAGAGGCCUUGUUCCGACUUAGGACAAUGUGGACUGGGACACUCAGGCCCAUGACGCUGCAAGCAACAUACCAAGGCAACCUCAUAAAUAUUGUACAUAGUCAUUACCGCAGUACUUAUAGAGAAGGUACCUCAAUCUAG